AUGGCGCCUUUGACGCUGAUUGUCCACGUGUUGCUAGUGUCUGCAGCUCUCAGUAGUCUGACUAGCGCUCAGCGAAUCCCAAGACGUCCGCCCGGAUUCACCUUGGGCAGCGGCAGCGCUGAUGCUGGCGUUCAACUCGAGUCGUACAUUGAUCUGUUGUGUCCGGACAGCAAGUCGGCCUACCCUGGGUUAAAGAAGCUCGCCGAGCGGUAUGAGCCAAAGGACCUGCGCAUCCGUCUCGUGCUAUUCCCACUACCGUACCACCAGCACGCCUUCAUGACGGCUGAAGCUGCCUUCACAAUCACCUCGACGCUGGGACAUCGAAGUUUCAUCGAUUGGCUCGAGACGGUUUAUGCCAACCAAGAAAUGUUCUCGAAUAAAGCGACGAAGGAUCUGAGCCCCGUUCAAGUAACCGCGAAGCUCAAGAGCCUUGCUCAAAAGACGUUUCCGUCGCUGACUGAUGAGCAGUGGGACCGACAAAUGACCGGAUACGGAGGCACCGACGUGGAUGACCACGCCCGCGAGUCGUGGAAGUACACGUGCUCCAGGGGAGUGUCCGGAACUCCCAUGUAUACGCUGAACGGCGUCCCAUUUGGGGCUGAUGCCGACUGGUCUUUUGAGCAAUGGUUCGACGUGGUCGACCCGCUUGUCAAAGCCAAUCAGCCAGUACCGGAUUUGCAAGUUGAGACUGAAGCAUGGAAGAACGUACACUUGAGUGGAGUCCCGCGUGCUUACCCGGACCGCGACGUCACGUACUUUGUGCAGACCGGAAAGUGGGCGACUACUGCGCAAGUUUGCGAGGAAACAGCUGAGGGAGCGAGGGCAUGCGAAUACGUAGCCGGUCGUGCCAUGUGCUGCCAGGUCAAUGAAGCGUGCAUCCCUCGUACAGGAUGUGUACAGCUGCGCUGA